AUGCCCGCCUCUGCCAACAUCACCCGCGCCAAACAGCUUGAACCAACGCAUCCUACUGUCGAAGGCCCUGUUAUUGAACGUCCUGCUGUUGUCGGAAAGUGCGACAAUAUGUGCGUAACUGUUGUCACAACGCGACCGCAUUCCAAGUCUACAGUUCGACAUAACAGUGAACAAGAUACCAUCAUAUACGCCGUCUCAGGAAACGGCGUUCUCAUCGUGAAUGAGGCUGUCAACUCUGAACUGAAACACCAUGAUCUUGCACCUGGAGACUUUGCCUUUGUUCCCGCCUGGGUCGAACAUCAGGUCAAGAAUGACACAGACGAAGAUGUUCAAUGGCUCAUGAUCCAAAAUGGCUCAACUCCCAUCCGCGCAGACUUGACAGAAUGGGGUGGUGAUGUGAUCCAGUCAAAGAAUUGA